AUGCAAUGGAUAUGGGAUACUGAUGAAAAGAAAAAGAGCCCCCCUCUGACGCUGCAACAGCUGUUGUUGCCUGCCUGGAAUUUUAUCCUCUUGAAAGAGGUGAAGUUGUGA